UUCAGUCAAGAGGAAAGCUAACCGCCAAACAAUUUCAAGUCCAACAAUGACUCCAAAGGUAUUUCUAGUCCUAGCUCUGGCUCUAACCACCUGCCAGGCCCUUCCUUUCGUGUCCUACGAUGACGCGGAUGACACGGAGGUAGUUGAGUUGCCAGGAAUCGAGGAGGUUCCUCCAAAACUGGGCCAGGACAUAAUUGAUCUCACACCGCUCGGCACAGCUCUCUUUGGUAAGCCGGAUGAGGACAUGACAGCCACUCUGGUGGGCAAUUUUAGUGCCGACACGGAUGAGAUGAAUCCCGAGGAGCUGGGCAGCUACCUGGAGGGCGAUAUGCUUGUGCCCCAGACGGAUCUGAUCAUGAAGAAUGGCCUGCCCACCCAGUCCUCCCGUUGGCCCAAUGGCGUCGUCCCUUACGAGAUCCGGGGCAGUUUCAAUGCCCGUGAUAUGGCCACCAUUGAGAAUGCCAUUGCCGAGUACCAUCGUCGCACCUGCAUCCGUUUUGUGCGUCGCAGCUCUGAGCGGGACUACAUCUCCAUUCGAGGCGACAACUCCGGCUGCUGGUCCUCUGUUGGCCGUGUGGGUGGCAAGCAGGAGGUAAAUCUGCAGUCACCCGGCUGCCUGAGUCGUCCCGGUACCGCCAUGCACGAGCUGAUGCACGCCCUGGGAUUCCUUCACGAGCAGAAUCGCAUGGAGCGUGAUGGCUAUGUGGCCAUCCAGUACAACAAUGUCCAGUCCUCGGCAAUGAACAACUUUGAGAAGGCCGCUCGCACCGAGGCCUUUGGAGUGCCCUACGACUACGGCAGUGUGAUGCAUUACUCAAAGAAUGCCUUCUCCAUCAAUGGACAACCCACCAUUGUGGCCAUGCAAGCCAACGGCGCUGACAAGAUGGGCCAGAGAAACGGCUUUUCGGACUUGGAUAUCCAGAAACUUAACCGGAUGUACGAUUGCGGUACUGCUAAUGCUGCUCCAAUUGUUCCCGCUCCGGCCCCUGUCCCUGGAGUCGCUCCUGGUGCUGGUGCUGCUGCUGGCAGUGGCAAUCCCAUUGUGGACAGCUUCCUGGGUGGUCUAAUCAGCGGCCUGGGCUUAGGUGAAGAGGAGGAGAAGACCAGCUCCUAAACAAAAAGAACUUGGCCACAGAAUCUACUAGCUACGUACGAUCAUCCUCGCCCCGAAUUAUUUAAUGCAUAUACCA